GGGCGAUAUAUUAUUGAUAUAGUGCCCGCCACUUCUGGUUGUCCGUGCUGUCGGUGGUUUUUGAUGGGUCUUAUGUACUUAAUCAAUAAAAGUUGAUAUUUCAUCCUUUUAAUGUAUCCUUCUCGAAUUUCAUCAUCUUCUCAAAGUAAUCAACAUGCGAAAUUCUCCGUCCCUGAAGCUUGUGACAAAAUAAAGGAUGAGCUUCUGAAUUUACAAUCUCAGUAUCAUAGUUUGAAGUGCGAGUAUGAGAAGGCCGCGCAAGAAAAAGCUGAAUUGCAGCGGCACUACUUACUUUACUAUGAGAUUACUUACGGACUAAAUGUUGAAAUGCAUAAACAGAUGGAGAUCGCAAAGCGCCUGAAUGCAAUACUAGUACAGGUCAUUCCAUUUUUAUCACAAGAGCAUCAAUCUCAAGUUGCUGCAGCAGUUGAUCGUGCGAAACAAAUAAGUCUGUCAGAACUUAGUAGCAUUAUAGGGCCGCAACUAGAUGAUUCUAAAGGCCCAAAGUUUCUCAAUGGGGCUCUUGGUUCUCCAUUCGACCAAAUGGACUUCUUCAAGACUAUGCAACAACAACAGCAACUGUUAAUGAAUUCUGGAUCUGGGGGUUUAAAUAAUGCAUUUCCCCACAAUCUAGUCCCACCAUCAUUGGGGCAGUUACCAUCUGAUAAUUUACCUAUGAGUGGUUCGAGAGGAGGUUCUCAAGCUACACCAUCUUUAACUAGCCUUGGUGGACUCAAUGCGCCACCAUGUACGGGAAUCAACAGUCUCAGUGGUGGACUUCCUGCUUUAAACAACAAUGGUCCUAACAAUAUGCUUCUACCUCCCAAUCCUUUCCUACCACAAAUGAGUAGUUCAAUCACUCCCCCAUGUACUAACAGCAGUGCUUCAGGCAAUUCGAGUAUUCCUGGUGUUCAGUCAUCCCUUCCUGGAAUUCCAGGACCUAAUAACCCAGCUUUCCUAUCUGGUCUUGCACAAUCUCACCCAGCAGUUGCAGCAGCAAUGGCGGCCGUAGCUGCUGCAGGUUUUCCUCCGGGAAACACAAAUCCUGCAAUUAAUCCUUUAUCCGGUGGUCUACUUAACAACAACAGUAAUCAUCCCUACUCUCAAAUGCCUGCUCAUAUGAAUAAUAUAACCACAUCCUUUCCAUCUGGGACCAGCGGUUGCUUAACAGGUGCAUCUAUACCACCUCCCAUAUCUUCUAACACCUCCACUUUGGCAAAUGCUCCAUAUCAUGGUCCUUCUGGUUCUGGAGCUCAUACUCCCUUUUCACCAACUUCAACAUCCCUUCCUAAUCCAAAUAAUCCCAGACCACUAAUGUUUCCGUUGGAUGGAGCAACUGGACAACCUCCAUUUCCUCCUAUGCUAUCUCCAGCUGCACUAUCAGCCAUUAUCAGUGACAAAAAUUUGGAUGAAAAACAAAGGACAGCAGCAGCUGCUGCUAUGGCUGCAGCAAUGGCAGCUGCCGCUGCUGCAUCACAAGGUGGUCCACCUGGAGCUUUUGGUCUUCCAUUAAAUUUUGCCUCUGGUGGUGGUAGUGGUGGCGGAAGCCUACCUGGUGCCUCACCAAUGGAUGCACAUAAUCUAAUGGCUACAAUGGCUAGUUUUGCUGCUCAGUCAGCUGCAGCAGCCGCCGCUGCAGGUAUGAAUUCUGAUAUGCAACAAGAUGGACCACCACCUGGACUCUUUGGUGGCGUUGGCGGCAGCGGCGGUGUACAUCAUCCAGAUUUACCUGGAUUAGGUGCAAAUCAUAAUUUGUUACCCCCGCCACCGCCUCCAUCCUCUGCCUCCGCCAUGUUAUCGUCAUCAUCAUUUGCCAAUUCAGGAUCUGUACUACCACCAUCGAAAAGUUCCACACCUGUACCCGGUAUGAAUUCAUGUCCAAGUCGUCAACGGGCUAAUUCACGAUCUCCAGGAUUAAUUGAUAUACACUCUACUGCGCCGGAUGAGAAACGUCGUAAAACUGAACGCCCUACUUCAGGAGAUAAAUGCAGUGGAGUUGGUAAUAACACAUUAGAAGAAAAUGGAUUGGUUCGAAUUAAGAGUUCACCUUCCUCUGGUCGUCGUACUCCAUCAACAAAACAUAAUGGUUCAAGUGGUCUAUUAAAUCCUAAUAAUUUAAAGAAUCAUUCUGUUACUGGGAAUGGUGUAACUAGUUCACAUUCUGAUAAUAAUAAUAAUAAUAACAGCAACAACAAUAAUAAUAAUAAUAAUACUAACUCACAAAAAGAUACAUCAUUUGAAUUAGAUCAUAAAGAAUCAGAUGACAAUCCACCAUUUUUAAGUGCUGCCGGUGCUACUGCUGUUACAAACGGCGGCAGUGGUGUCUGUAAUUCUUCAUCAAGUCGUACUGGUUCACCAAAUCAACAACUCUUACAUAAUUCAUCAUCUUCUGAAGCAAGUGGAACGCUUCACAGACAGCAACAUGGUACACCUAAUAUAAAACCAUGUUUGUCUCCUGUACCUGUUUCAAGUAAUGCAUCAAAUUCUUGUAGUAGAAUAGGUUCAAUUCCUCUAGGAGGCGGAGCAGGAGGAAGUGUUGGAGGAGAAUUAUCGGUGCCUAGUCCAUUGUCAUCAUCAUCUGUUAGUGGAGUAAAUCUACCCGGAGUUAGUGCUGUUUCUCUUUCUCCACCUCAUCUUACAUCAGAUGUUCCAACAACAACAACGACAAAUCCUGAUGGUUAUUCAACACCAUCUAGUCAGCAAAACUCCUUGUCUACGGCAUCAGCAACAACAACCUCAUCUAUGAUGUUUGAUGCGACAUUUGGAAAUUCUGCUAUGAGUGGAGUAUCGAAUCUUGGAAGACCACCAUAUUCAUUCCUACGCUUAGACAAUCAAUCCCCUACACCUGUACCAUUUACUCCAGACGCUUUCUUUGGUCCGGGUAUCCCACAUCAAGCAAAAGCGAUACAUUGUUUAGAUCAUGGUGAAGUGGUUUGUGCUGUAACCAUCAAUAAUGCUACACAUCAAAUUUAUACCGGUGGUAAAGGCACUGUGAAAAUUUGGGAUUUAAAUUCUGCCUCGUCUGGUCUCUCACCGAAUUGCAGUGGUGGUGGCGGUUCUAGUCAAGUAAAAUUAACCAAGUCAUGUAUCACAAGUCUUGAAUGCCUACAACGCGAUAAAUAUAUACGAUCGAUUAAACUAACUCAGGAUGGUAAAACAUUAGUUGUCGGUGGAGAAUCUAGUACACUAAGUAUAUGGGAUUUAGGUCAAGCUAGUCCACAUCCAAAAAGUGAACUAACCUUUACUGCUCCAGCAUGUUAUGCAUUAGCUGUAUCACCUGAUAGUAAAUUGUGUUUCAGUUGCUAUUCAAACGGUAAUAUUGGUGUAUGGGAUAUACACAAUCGUCUUUUAAUCCGUCAAUAUCAAGGACAUGCUGAAGGUGCAUCUUGUGUAGAUAUACGUCCAGAUGGUACACGUCUAUGGAGUGGUGGAUUGGAUAAAACUGUUCGUUGUUGGGAUUUACGUGAACAUUGUCAAAUAAGUCAAGUGGAUUUAUCAGCUCAAAUAUUCUCUCUUGGUUAUUGUCCUACUGGAGAUUGGAUAGCUGUUGGAUUAGAGACAGAUCAAGUUGAAGUAUUUGGUCCAGGUCGUCCAGAACGUUAUCAAUUAUCAUUACAUGAAAGUUGUGUAUUAUCGUUGAAAUUCGCUCACAGUGGUUUAUGGUUUGCUUCUACAGGAAAGAUCAUUGUCUAUACUCUUGGAGAACUCCGUAUGGUGCUAAUCUAUUUCAAGUCAAAGAAAACUCAUCUGUAUUGAGCUGUGACAUAUCACUGGAUGACAAACUUUUAGUCACUGGAUCGGGUGAUCGUAAAGCUACUGUUUAUGAAAUAAUUUAUUGAACUUAAUGACACCACUUACAAUUUAAACGUAUGCAUACUUCUCCUUCCUUUUCCUUUACACCUUUGCUUACUUCUUUCCUUCCCUCCUUGUAUUGUAUUGUAUUGUACUGUACUGUGUUUGUUUUCCUUACUACUACUACUACUGCUAUGGCUGCACUGUCGCUGUUAUUGUUGUUUUUAAAUACCUAGGACACAUGUGUGACACAGCAACACAAGACAGGACAACGCAGCGCAGUCCAGCGCACCACCCUACACUACACUACACCGCAAAGUAGUAUUUAUUAUGAAUAUAUAAACAGGCAAACACAAACGAGUAUUUUCUAGUCAUACAAUCCAUAUGAAUAUUAAUUUUAUUGUUAUUAUUAAUACUACCAUUUUAUGGUAUGUAAUGUAAUGUAAUGUAGUGUUAUUUGUGUUUUGCCUUGUUUUUGUGACAUUAUUAUUAUUGAAAAGUGACAAAUAUUUAUGAAUUCAGUAUGAAUCCAUCCCACUUCACUUACUUCUCAUCACUGAUCUAUUUGCUUUCCCUUCUUCAUGCUUAUACUUUUACCUACCUUACUUCACUACCUUACCUACCUUCCUAUCUAUCUAUCUAUCUAUCUGUCCAUCCUAUUACGAUUAUCAUCUGUUUUAUGUUUCAUUUCAGGCUGUUUAUACCACUACUAUUGCUAUUAUUAUUAUUAUUAUUUUCGAUUUCCUGUGUACCAUUUCUAUAGGGAAAUGUGAAAGAGGAAGAUAAUACCUGUAACUGUCCACUGUACACUGCGCUACACUACUUAGUUGUCGUGCUGCUACUGGUGGUGGUGGUGGGUGGUUAUGAGGGUGUCUGGUGGUGUAUAUCAACACAAAUUAGCGGCUCACUCUGUUGUAUAGAGCUCAUUAAUAUACAUCAUAUAUACACACAUACAUACACUCGCAUGCAUAUGUAUACGUGUUGUAAUCCCCGUGGACAAGGAUGGCAACAUGAAAAUUGCUGUAGGAAACGAAGUUAAUGAUGAUAAUAACAAUAAUAAGCAGCAGCACAGUAUGCAUUGUUUCCUCUCUUUUCCUUAUCUUUCUUCUUCUCUUUUCAUUCAUGUACCAACCAUCCUAUGUUUUGUUGUGUCUCAGGUCCAUCCAUAUGCACAUUAUCCAGUCUAUUUCACAAAUAUUCAUACACACACACACACGCAAACAUACAUCCAUCCCCAGCAUUUGUUAAAGAGGAGUAGAAAUUCAGUCUAGUUUUUACCGCUUUAAUACUUUAAUGCUCUGUGUGUAUGGACUCUUGGUUAUAUUUUCAUCGUCGUCGUCAUUGUUGUUGUGUAACGACUGUUAGCGGAAGCAGUCGUCUGUGUCCCGACACAAACACGCAUAUAUAUAUUCAGUGAUUGUAUCGCGGCUUUUUAAUAUCAUGCGUUUUUAUUCUAUUUUUCUUUUUUUAAUGUCCUAUCUUGGAGACAAAAAAUUGUGUUUUUUUUAAUUUUAUCCUUUUCCUUCAGUAUUUUAAUCUUUAACAACAGUUUCACUGUUGUUUUUGGUCUUUUUUUUGGGGGGGGGGGUGUGCUUAUUUAUUGUAUCUAUUGGUUCCUUUCGGGGGGCUUUUUUCAAUGGCAGAAAAUGCAUUCUCAUCAUAAGAGCAGCAGCAGAAGCAGGAGGAGCAUUAUCAUCGUCAAAAGUAUCUCUCUUGUUAUAUAUUAUAAUACAUGAAUGCAUAAAAACCUGUGUAUAGUCUGUCCCAUUAUUAUUAUUAUUGUUAUUAUUAAUAUCACCAUUAUUAUUGAUAAUCAAGUGAAAAUCUUUUAUGUUUUACCAAUUUUUACUGAAUCAUUUAUAGUCACUAUCUAUAAUGAUAAUAGUAAUAAUUGUUAUUAUUUUGUAUCGUAUCAUCUGUUUCCACCAUUUUGAUGAUUGAUCCUUAUAUCGUAACUGUCUCCAUGCCCGACCAACCCCGACCCCGUCACCCCUACCCUCGCCGUCUCACUCACUCUCCCCCUAACUCUGUUUCCGCUUUUUUUUCUCUCAAUAAUAUAAUAUUGAAUUAUGUGUCAAAUUGUACUGACCUUUUUUUGAAUGAUUGAUUGAAUAUGUAAAUAAGACGACGUCUGUUGUUAUUGUUGUUGUUCUAUGUGUAUGUCUGUUGGUGGGUGUGGAUGGUUGGGUGCUAUGGAUGUGCGAACACGUUUCCUUAUUUGUUUAUUUAUUUUAUAUAUUGUAAACAAAUGAUUUUUCUUCUUAACAUCACAGCUUCAAUAAUAUGUAACAAUAAAUAAAUAAAUAUAUAUAUACACAUAUACCUGCAUAUAAAACUGUUGUUUGUAUUUAUUAUUAUUAUUAUCAUCAAUGUGUUUUUAAAAAAAUACUAAUUUCGAGGUAAAAA